UGGGCUAUUCUUUGUGUGCCUAUUGUGCCUAGUCGUGGUCCCUUUAAGAAUCAGGAUGACAUCAUCAGAUGGGUGUGUCAGGUGAUCAUUAGAGAGGAAAUAGGCAACACAUGGCUCUGUGAACAAUGUGUUAUUGUUUGUUAGAAAUCCAGCUACAUCUGCAUAGGUCUUAAUGCCUUUGAUCGCAUCGUAUUUUCACACCUUCCUUAUAUCAUUAAACCUGUGGGCAAAGGAUUCACGUCUUCAGAGUCUUGGUGUACGGAGGGAGUUUAUCUGGCUGUUAAGAUAUAUACACUACAUAUACCGGGGACAGCACAGUGAAAAUACGGCAUUCUAGCGGGCAGGACAACGCAGUGUAAACUGGCAGACAAUGACAGCAUCUUCACAUACAGCCACUGGAUGACCGUCAAAACAGUGUCUAAAGAGAGGUACACUAUCAGACGGUGCCAUGACAGAAAAGGCUUCUUCGCUAAACACGCGCUCCCGUGUUUCAGGCUCCCAACUACGAUCAAGAGCAUCAUCAACUGGGUCCGCUGCAGUCAGGGCACGAGCGAGAGCAGAAGCAGCUAAAGCACGUCUUUCCUACGCCGAAGAGGAAAUUAAUCUAAGGCUGGAUAAAGCUAAAUUGGAAGCAUCUAUGGAAAUGCUCAACAUACAGAAAGAGACAGCUGCGGCUAUAGCUGAAGCAGAAGUAUUUGAAGCUGCUGAGGAUUUAGACAUUGAGAAAGAAAGGAGUAAAAACUGUUUAAGCUCUGUAUCAUUGGAAGCAGCAUUACGCACACAGCAAUAUGUUGCUGACCAAGCCAAAAUAACGGAGGCUAAACCUCAACUAAGUGAUCAUUAUGUACCAGCAAAUACAAAGCCAAGUCCUGGCGACAGCAUUUCACAUUCACAGCUCAAACCAGAAGCCAAACCUUUCAUUCUCCAUCAAACCAAUCCUGGAUCCCAAUCACCUCAUCUUACCUCACAGCAGCCUGGCAUCAACGGAGACGAGUGUGCUCGUGGUUCACGCAAUGUAAAGUUUGAGAACAACCGUUGUACUCCUGGACAGUAUUACAGGCCUCAAAACCAUAGUGGUAAUCCUUCCUCAUCGCCCCAUCCUAUGUCUCCAAAUUACAAUCACAACGACUCAAACCUGAAUGACUUUGUGAGAUAUUUUGCACGGCACAAGCUUCUUGCUACAGGUUUGCUUCAAUUCAAUGAAAAACCUCAGAAUUACAGAGCAUGGAAACGGUCUUUCCAGACCGCAACCCGGGGUUUAAACCUGACACCAAGUGAGGAGAUGGAUCUUCUGCACAGGUGGCUUGGUAACGAGGCAAGACAACAUGUUGAACAGAUAAGAGCAAUACACAUAAAUCACCCUGAAGCAGGAUUAGCAAUGACAUGGGACAGACUCGAGCGAACAUAUGGCUCACCAGAAGUCAUUGAAGACGCUCUGUUCAAACGCAUUGACACCUUUCCUAAAAUAACAAAUCAAGAUUAUUCCAAACUGACAAAGUUAAGUGAUCUAUUAAUGGAACUUCAAUCUGCCAAAGCAGAAGGAGACUUUCCUGGUCUCUCCUUCCUCGACACAGCCAGAGGCGUCAACCCAAUAGUUCAGAAGCUUCCAUUCGGUCUGCAGGAAAAGUGGGCAUCAGUCGGUGCAUCCUACAAGCGGCAAAAUCUUGUCCACUAUCCACCCUUUGACUUCUUCGUGAACUUUGUCAGCCAGGAGGCUAUCAUGAGGAAUGAUCCGAGCUUCAACUUCGCCUCCCACACAGACACAGCGAAACAGAAUGAUAAGACAGGUUGGAAACCAAACAAAUAUCGGGAGGUCUCUGUCCACAAAACAGAGAUCUUCCCCGGAGUCGUUACUGAAACCGGUGAGCCCCCAAAGAGAUCUGAGGACUUUGAUAAAAUGUGUCCGAUACAUGAAAAGCCACAUCCACUCCGCAAAUGUCGUACAUUCCGAGCAAAGCCCAUUGAUGAGCGUAAGGCAUUCCUAAAAGAGAAUAAUGUGUGCUUCAGAUGCUGUUCUUCGUCAUCACAUUUCGCGAAGAACUGUAAAAUGAAAAUUCAAUGUUUUGAAUGCAAAAGUGAAAGACACCAUACAGCACUUCACCCUGGACCAGCACCCUGGAUGGAGGAGGUGGUCCCUCCUCCAGAGCAUGGCGGGGAGGAGGAGAAAACUUCACCUCUUCCUCAUGUCACCACCAAAUGCACAAACGUCUGUGGCGGAGAUCUGGCAGGUAGAUCCUGCUCCAAAAUAUGUCUUGUAAAUGUAUAUCCAUCAGGCCACAAAGACAAAGCAAUUAAACUGUAUGCAAUUUUGGACGAACAGAGCAACAGAUCAUUAGUUCGUUCACAGUUCUUUGAAAUGUUCAGUGACCAAAGUCCGAGUGCUCCUUACACAUUGAGAACAUGUGCUGGAGUGAAGGAAUCAGCAGGAAGAAGAGCCAGUGGCUAUGAAGUUGAGUCUCUGGAUGGAACUGUCCACAUCCCAUUACCCAGCCUCAUAGAAUGCAAUGACAUUCCUAACAACAGAAAUGAGAUCCCAACCCCUGAUGUGGCUCUCAAUCAUGCACACCUCAAGUCAGUGGCGCACCUCAUCUCAGACAUUGAGCCACAAGCCCCUAUCAUGCUUCUCCUGGGUCGGGACGUUAUCAGAGUUCAUAAGGUUCGCAAACAGAUAAAUGGCUCACACAACCAGCCUUAUGCUCAAAAGUUAGAUCUGGGGUGA